AUGGCCAAUCCCAAUAAGCAACAAACUCAGGACCCCCAGAUGGCACAAGGCCAGGCGGUACUCGAAGCCGCCAAAGAUCGACUGCACACGACCCAGCAAGCCUAUAUUGCAUCAUCGAAGGCUUACCAGGAGGCCACGAAAGCUCUCGCCAAAGACCAGAGUGAUCUGGCGGCAGCACAGAACAAGCUGUUGCAACUUAACACCGAUGAAAAGAAUCUUACAGCCAUAAAGACUAUCCUUGAGGCAUCUAUCCGUCUCAUCGCCGUUGUCAAAACCAGAGUCAUGGACCUGGUUACGUUUUUCAAUUCGAUCAGUUCGACCAUCGAAGUGAUUGUUGAGGAGGUGGUGGAGGAGUUUUUGAGAAAAAUCCAGGAGAACGUCGCCAACAACGACCCGGAUGGCGAAUUGGAUGACCUUAAGGUUGGCAAUUAUAACUUCACUGACCUGGCCCGUACUGUAAGUGUGACGUUGUACAUUGAACGGAAGAAACAGAAUAAAGUGUCUGACAAGAAGAUGCUAGCAAAUCUACAAGAGCGCCAUCUUCAUGCGAGCAUAUUUUGA